AUGAUGCGGGCUGCGCUGGGCCAACCCCCCAAGUACCAUGAGCUGAGAGCCUGGCCCCCGCAGCAGAGAACGCAGCUGCAGGCAGAAGAGAAACGGGAGCCGCUGAAAAGCAAGAACAAGGGCAUUGGCGGGGACAAGGGGGCCACAAAGAAGAAGCCGCAGGGAAGCCGGGUCCGAGAGGCGGCACCAGAGAAAGCAGCAGCUGUUUGCCCCAGGGUCCCCGCGAACCCCGUCCUGCAGGGAGGGGGCCCUGACGGGGGGCUGCCCGGGGGGGGCCAGCCCCUGCUCUGCGUGCCCGGGGCGCUGGCCGAGGAGCUGAUGCAGGCGCUGGUGAGCCUGGGCAUGGCCCUGGAGCGGGAAUACGCCUUGGACAUCUUCACCAGCAUGAUGAGGAAACAAUCCAGCUACAUCUUCCGGAGCUGGGAGGUGCCGCGCACCGUGACGGCCGAGAUGCGGGCGCUCAUCGUCGACUGGCUCGUGCAGGUGCACGAGUACCUGGGCCUGGCGGACGACACGCUCUACCUGGCCGUCUACCUGAUGAACGCCUACAUGAAGGUGGCGCGAGUGAGGGUCCCGGCCCUGCAGCUGCUGGGUGUCACCUGUCUCUUCGUGGCCUGCAAAGUGGAGGAGUGCACCUUCCCCGAGCCGGCCGAGCUCUGCUUCAUGACCGAGGACUCGUUCAGCCGCCGGGAGCUGCUGCGCAUGGAGCGCAAGGUCCUGUCCCGCCUCAACUUCCAGCUGCAUUUCACCAGCCCCCUGCACCUGCUGCGGCUGCUGGCGGCCCUGGGCCACUGUGGCCCGAAGGUCCAUCACCUGGCCAUGUACUUCAUGGAGCUGUGUCUGAUGGAGGCAGACUGUGUGGCGUUUGAGCCGGCCCAGCUGGCUGCGGCUGCCCUGGGCCUGGCACAGCGGGUGCUGCAGGAGGCGGGCGCCGGGGGCUUGGGCACCAGGCCGGAGGGCUCCACGCAGCUCUGCCUCUACAGCGAAGAGGCGCUCGGUGCUGUACAUUGCUCCAUGGCCAGGGCCGCGCUCCGGGCCGGCGGCUCCACCCUCCAGGCCGUGUUCCUGAAAUACUCGCGCCCCCAGAAGCUGGGGGCCAGCACCAGCCCGGCCAUCGCCACCUCCGACUACCUCGCCCGCUGCCGGAGCCAGGCACCCUGAGCCCGGCGGGGAUGGGCCUGGGCAUC